UCUAAUAUAUAAUCCCAUACGGAAUAAAAAAACACGGACAGUUGCGAACGCAGUUGCGGACAGACAAGUCUAAUUCGCUCCGAUCUUUACAAACAGCCAGUGUAAACACAGCUCUACGGCCAAUAUGACUACCUACUUCAACUACCCGGAUGCGGCCAUGCAGGAUGAGCUUCGCAAGAUCGCGAACGCCAUCGUCUCCCCGGGAAAGGGAAUCUUGGCCGCUGACGAGUCCGUAGGUACUAUGGGCAAGAGGUUGGCCGACAUCGGUUUGGAGAACACCGAAGAGAACAGGAGGAAGUACAGGCAACUGCUCUUCACCGCCGACAAGUCUCUCGGAGAUAACAUCUCCGGAGUGAUUCUCUUCCACGAGACGCUCUACCAGAAGGCCGAUGAUGGCACUCCAUUCGUUGAGUUGCUCAAGGAGAGCGGAAUCAUUCCCGGCAUCAAGUUGGAUACCGGUGUCGUUCCGUUGAUGGGAUCCGAAGACGAAUGCACCACCCAAGGUUUGGAUGAUUUGGGCAAACGUUGCGCCCAAUACAAGAAGGACGGUUGCCACUUCGCCAAGUGGCGUUGCGUCCUCAAGAUCAACAAGAACACUCCAUCCUACACCGCUAUCCUGGAGAACGCCAACGUUUUGGCUCGUUACGCCUCCAUCUGCCAGAUGAACGGUCUCGUGCCGAUCGUCGAGCCAGAGAUCUUACCCGACGGCGAUCACGACAUCGUCAGGUGCCAGAAGGUCACCGAGACCGUUCUCUCUUUCGUGUACAAAGCUCUGGCCGAUCACCACGUCUUCCUCGAAGGCACCCUCCUCAAGCCGAACAUGGUCACCGGAGGCAUGAGCCACGCCAUCCGUUUCAGCCCUGAAGAGGUGGGCAAAGCGACCGUCACCGCUCUCUCCAGAACCGUUCCACCGUGCGUUCCCGGAAUCACCUUCCUCAGCGGCGGCCAAAGCGAGGAGGAAGCCUCUGUCAACUUGAACGCCAUCAACAAGUUCCAAGGCAGAAAACCGUGGGCCCUCACCUUCAGUUUCGGACGUGCCCUUCAAGCUUCCGUCCUGAAGGCGUGGCAAGGAAAGGACGAAAACAUCCCUGCCGCCCAAACCGAACUCUUGCGUCGCGCCAAGGCCAACUCCCAAUCUUCCCUUGGUUCCUACAGUGCCGGUUCUGUGGCUGGCCAAGCCGGCGAGCAAGGACUCUUCGUCAAGAACCACGCCUACUAAAACACAUGUUUAUUAAAUUAAGAAAUUAAUUAUCAAAGAGAACGUAAUUUUUUAUAUUUACAAUUUUAUAGAGACUGUCUUAAAAGAAAGAACGCCGCGUGUUUAUUAUAAUAAAUAUAUAUAUUUUUAAAAAAUCAAAAA